UUAAAAGUGCGGUAGAAGGGGAAAGAAGGAAAAAUGCUGAAGCUGGAAACGUCGAAGAUGAGCUUAUCGUAUCCGGAGAUGGGACAUGGAAAAAGAGAGGUUUUUCCUCUUUAUUUGGAGUAGCUACUCUCAUAGGAAAAUACAGCAGAAAAGUCGCCGAUAUCGUUGUGAAGUCCAGUUUUUGUCGGAUGUGCAAUGUUUGGGCAAAGAAAAUGGACGAUGACGAAUUUGAAAGUUGGCGUGAAAGCCACGAAGAAGUGUGUGCCGCAAACCACUCCGGAAGCGCGGGUAAAAUAGAAAUAGAUGCUGUGGUUGAAAUGUUUCUAAGAUCUCUAAAAAGACAUGAUGUAAAAUAUACGACAUAUAUAGGUGAUGGCGAUACAAAAACAUUUAAUGGAAUAUUAAAAUAUGAACCAUACGGCAAAAACGUUGUCGUAAACAAAAAAGAAUGCGUUGGUCACGUUGAAAAACGCAUGGGUGCUCGGUUGCGGAAUGCGAAAAAAACAAAUAAGGGCAUUGGGGGAAAGGGCGCUGGAAAAUUAACAGAUAAAGUAAUCGGCGAAUUGACUAAAUACUAUGGAUUGGCAAUUCGACGAAAUUCCAAUUCUGUUGAUGAAAUGCGUAAAACAAUUUGGGCUACCUAUUAUCAGAAAAGUUCAACGAACGAAAAACCGCAACAUAGUUUCUGCCCGUCCGAUUUGCAUAGUUGGUGUAAAUAUCGCAAAUCUGAAGCUGAGGAAAGUGUAGAAAAUUUUACACGUAAUAAGCUAUCUUUGAGCGAUAAGGUUUUGAAAAUAUUAAAACCGAUUUACGAAGACCUAACAUCAACAAAUUUAUUAGAAAGAUGCAUAGGAGCAGAGACUCAGAAUAACAACGAGUCGCUCAAUUCCCUUAUUUGGACGUUUGCUCCAAAACAUAUCCAUUGUGGUGCACGGACAGUACAGAUUGCAACGUUCCUAGCAACGUGUAUUUUUAAUGAAGGACUUUCAUCGGUACUACAAAUUAUGCACGUUAUGGGGUUGUCUAUUGCUCCUCAAACUGAUAUGUUUUGCGUUCGGCGCGAUUCACACCGAAUUCAACGUUCCGAGAGAUGGUCGACAGAAGCGGCAAAACGAGCCAGGAUCGAUAUUCGCGAAAAUAAAGUGGCCCAACAGGAAUUUCAUGAAACAGAGGAAGGUGUACUGUAUGGGCCAGGUAUAGCCGAUUAGUGGUAAGUGUAACAGUCUGCAUGUAAACUGCUUUUAAAUUUCAAACGCGUUUUUCUCGAAACGACAUUUUUCAGGCUGGUCACCAUGAUUUCUCAAAAAUGAUUUGACCAAUAGGGUUCAGCUUAUACAUACAUGUUUAGUAGAUGCGUGGAUGUUGUCCCUACCACAGGUAUACGUAAAUAUUAGUUUGUUUAAACUUUACAGCAUAGAAAGUCACGAAAAAAUGUGCCAAAAUAACACAUUCAAUAUUAAAAUUUGCACCACUUUGAAAGCUGUUAAUAUCUAUUCAAACCUGAGGUACGGGCGAUAGCCAUAUUCAUAUAUUUUAACAAUCCUUUCGAUUUUGUAACUACGGACCAACUGGAGGGCAGUAAACAUGGUGACUAGUUGGAUAGCUUUUCUCGAGGGGUUAACAUUAUAGAAGAUCUCAGCCGUCUAACUGUACAUAACUUCACUUCGAAAAAAUUAUUUUUUAUAUACCUAAACAUAGAUAAAUAAACGAGAAAUGUUUCAGGACUGAAAUGUGUUAAUCAGUUAUUGAAAAAAAUUCUUGACUAACCGCUAAAAAUAGUCGCGUCAUACUGGAAUACCCCCUUAAAAAAAUAUUUUAAAAUAGGUCAAAUCAUUCGAACGAAGCAAAAGCAAAUUUAGCUAAAUCUGUUAAGUAAUUUCUG